GUUUGCUGUCAAUAUAUUAGGCCUACAAUGCUAUUUUUUUACAGUCCUGUAAUAUUAUCUGAAAUGUUUGGGUCAUUAAAAUGCUAAUCUUGUUCUUUAGAAGUUUCUCUGGAACUGUCAGCAGCUACUUAACAUUUAUCUGAAAAGUCUGGGAACAAGGUGGUGCCUGCUCUUUUCUCUCUCUCUCUCUAUUUCUCUCUCUCAUACUCUUUCCACAGCCUUGCGCAUUUCCUUCUAUCCAGUUGGUCCACUCUGGCCCUUUUUUUACUUUUUUUUUUUUUUUGGAAGGUUUCGUUUCUUUUCACUUUGUCCUUUUUGUUGUUUUCAUUUCACCCCACCCUCUUGGAUGCCUCCAUGCUCCUCCCUCCGUUCUCUUCCUUUCCUGCAUUUUUUUCCUGGCUCCUCAUGGCAUGCUGAGUUUUGGAGUGCAGGAGGGAGAUGCCUUAAAAACGCUGACAGGAUAUAACACUCUCAGAGACACACAGCAGUGCGGCCCAGUCAACGCAAGCAUCCUCAGUGCUGCCCAGCAGAGCUUCUGCGGACCCUCAUGUUUGGACCUGCCAAAAUGAAGAUGCUGGUUUCAAGCCUGGUACUACUGAUGGUGGUGUUUGCCAAAUCGGUUGAGCCGUAUAUUGCACAAUACCGGGAUUUUGACCAAGACACGUAUGAACACAGAGAAAACCAAAGAUCCCCAGAAUACUACAGAGAUGGCAGUGGAACAGAGUGCAGGCGAUGCUGUGACCCUGCAGAGGAGGCCCCACAGUAUGCCAGUCCAUACCCACAGUACAAUAUUGUGCCACAGAUAAACAUCACCAUCCUAAAAGGGGAGAAGGGAGACACUGGCGUGCGAGGACCUUAUGGGAAAAUGGGCAAGUCUGGGCAAAGUGGACCCCGAGGCCCCCAUGGCAUGAAGGGAAACAAGGGCAGCAUUGGUGCUCCUGGAGAACCCUGUAAGUCCUACUACGCUGCCUUCUCCGUGGGCCGCAAGAAGGCGCUGCACAGUAAUGAUUACUACCAAACCAUGAUCUUUGACACAGAGUUUGUCAACUUGUACGGCCACUUCAACAUGUUCACGGGCAAGUUCUUUUGCUACGUACCCGGCAUCUAUUUCUUCAGCCUAAAUGCGCACACUUGGAACCAAAAGGAAACAUACCUGCAUCUAAUGAAGAACGAGCAGGAGAUGGCCAUUUUGUACGCUCAGCCCAGCGACCGCUCCAUCAUGCAGAGCCAGAGCCUCAUGCUGGAGCUGGAAAGGGAUGACCAGGUGUGGAUUCGGCUCUAUAAGGGCGAGAGAGAGAACGCUGUGUUUAGUGAUGACUUUGACACCUACAUCACAUUUAGUGGUUACCUUAUUAAGGCAAAGUUAGAGGGUUAAGCAGAGACAAUCUAUGGACUGCAGGGAUUUAUGAAACAGUGUCUAUUAAAUGAGAUGUAAUUUCUUGUUAUUCUUUUUUUUUGUAAUAUAUUUUUAACAGUUUUACAUGGUACUUCAGGAGGAACCUUGGUUUAUUUUUAUGAUCCAGUACUGCAGUGUCAUGUGUGUCUGACCAUCUUUAACUUUGUUACAGAGGCUGGUGCUAUUUGACAAACAUGGUAAAGGUUAUUGGGCUAAUAAUAUUAAAAACAAUACAAAUCUAUAUAUACAAUCUAAAAAAAAAAAUAUUGACAGUAUCAUAUAAAGAAAACAGUAUCAUAUUUUAACAUUUUAUUGCACAACAUCUACAGGUGCCUUUUUUCAUGUGUAGAUAUAUCAGUAAUCAAUUAACAGAUUACUUGAAAUGAUUGUAUUUUAUCUAUUAUAAUAUAUCUGGCUAUAAAUCAGUAUUAACUUGGUUGUAGAAAAUGGUGCUUCAA